AUGAUCCGCGAUGCGCUCGCCAAGUACCAAAUCACCGCCGCCGGGGAAUCGUUCAUCCCUGUAGGAGGCAAUCACGUCGCAGGCAGCCUCGACAGGGUCCGAGAGUGCGUCCCCAGGUCCUACGGUGCUAGUGCCAAGAGAAAGCUUGAGAUCCGGUGCGCAAUCAUGGACGGCUGGCUCUCCAGCAACACGGCGGUAAUCCCCUCGCUCCUCUCUCUCAGCCUGGGCCGAUCAUCAGUCCCGAUCGACGGGCCCCCCGUUCCCGCCGUCAGAAGAGGAGGAUGCCACACGAGCUGCGCGGCAAACGGGCUCCCGGUGCUGUACACGUUCAAUAUCCCUCUCGACGAGGAACUUCGGAGAUGA